AUGCCCCGGCCGCGUCACCCCAAGCCCAAAACCCAGCAGGUGGUGCGGGAGGGGUCCCCGGGCCAUGGGUGCCCGGGCCAGGGCAGGAGAGACAACCGGCUGAAACUCCCGCAGCUCCAAGUGGCCCGGGGCGCACGGCGCAUCGGGGACUCGGGGUCCUCUAGGAGCGGCACCGACAAGUGGCUGCCCUCCUGGGACGACGAGGCAUCCCCCAGGCUGGGGGUGGGCAGCCCAAGGUCCUCGGUGCGCCUGCCCCCGCUGCCCCCCAAUGCCACCGUGGCCCAGCGCGCGGCCCGCAACCGCGAGGUGCUCAGAUCGGUGCUGCUGCCACCCUUGCGCCAGGCACGCCAGCGCCCCAAGGCUCCCGAGCGCCCCGCGUUCGAGCCCUGCACCGAGCCCCAGGCCGACACCCUGGGCGCCGUCCUGGGGGAACUCCUGCCCCCCAAGUUCCGCCAGUUCCUGCAGCGCCUCCACCAGCUGGCCUCCGAGCCAAGCCCCCCACCCACUCGGCGGGCAGCACACCCUGACUUUCUCCGCCAAAGGGUCGUGCCAGACAACUUCGGCUGUCCGUGUCACUGCUCCUGCUCCUUCCUUCCAGGCUUUCGGGAUCACUCGCCUCCCCUUCGAACCCGUUUCCCGAAGAUUUUGCUCCAUCCGAGUCCUACCCUGUGUCCUGUGAAGGAGAAGUUCACCACGGUCAAGAAGACGCCCUCGCCACACUGUCCCCAGGUCCCCCCCUUCAAGGCUGCUAUCAGCCAGAGCUCGUCCUCGGGGCAGAGUGCGGGGUCGGGCCGGCGAGGCCGCCCCUUCCGAGUGCGCUUCGCGGAUGAGACGCUCGGGGACUCGGCGCUGCGCUACUGGGAGCGCAGGUGUGCAGCCCGGCAAAACCUCAGCGGCAGGACCCCCACAGUCCUGGAGGAACAGCUGCUGAAGAGCCUGGCGAAGUGGCUGGAAAGUCUGUCUAGGGCACAGGGCUCUGAGGUCCAGGAGGCAGCCCGGGCUAGCGGCCCCUGCAGAUGGUCCUCUCAGAAGCUCUCUGAGGCAGCCCAUAUGAACCGCUCCUCACAGCCUGCUCCCCGGGCUGCCGCCCACAGCCCCUUGGGAAACCCCCAAACACCCCCACGCAUCCACCGCCUCCUGGACCCCCUGGACAAGAUGCCUCACUACUGGAGCCGGAAUCUGGAAACCUUCCUGCCCAGCCUGGUCCUGAACACGAUCCUGAAGUGA